ACGCCUUCAGCAAUGUGAAAGCCGUUAUUGUUGAUGAGGUGAGCAUGAUUGGGGCCGAUGUGUUAAACAAUAUUCAUGCUCGCCUUCAAAACAUAACUGGUAAUUACGACAACCCGUUCGGCGGCAUGCCGAUUGUAUUUUGUGGUGAUCUUCGGCAGCUACCGCCAGUAAACGCUAGACCAGUCUACAAACCAAGUGUCAACUCCAUGCACGGUGCAGUGUUAUGGCAGUCAUUGGAUUUCUAUCCCUUGGUAAAAGUAAUGCGCCAGACCAACGAACAAUUCUCCACCAUCCUUACCAAAAUAGGAAAUGGCGAACGGCUGACUUCAGAAGAGACUGAACUCAUAGAGAUUAGGUUCCGCUCAGCAGAAUGGUGCAAACAGAACCUUCCUGGUGCAGUACGGCUGUUUCUCAGGAAUGCAGAUGUGGAACGUUACAAUGCGGAGUCGCUAGUAGAUCGAGAUACAGUGGAUUGUGGGGCGGAUGAUAACUAUUCCGGGUACAGAAACGACCAGCAACUUGCGAGUGCGCGCUCCACAGUACACAAAAUGAGCGUCAUGGAAACUGGAGGUUUACCGUAUUUGCUGCGAUUCGCAGUUGGAAUACCGUAUAUGAUAACCACAAAAAUAGAUGUGGAAGAUGGUAUCGUAAACGGCGCAAUCGGCGAGUUGAAAUACGUUGAAUUCUAUGAAGAUGAUCCACAACAACCAAUUGUAAAAAUUUGGAUCAAAUUCGAGAACGAUUCCAUCGGGAAGGUUCUGCGAGUGAAGUCGAGACCAGCCGUGUAUUCCAAACCUGGCAUCCUUCAACCUGAUUGGACUCCUGUUUGCAAACGGUCUACAAGUAUCAAAUUAAGCAGUAGUAUCAAAUGCAAACGGGUACAAUUUCCCUUGGUGGGUGCAAGUGCUCUAACCGUACACAAGUCGCAAGGUGGUACAUUCCCAGAAAUUGUGUACGAAUAUGAUAAAGGGCAGGAACAGCAGCUCGUUUACGUAGGGCUCUCGAGAGUGACAUCCAUUGAGGGAUUGUUCUUGACGAACGCCAACAACGUGCUCAAGUUCCAUCAUGCCAAGGGGACUGCUUCGCCCAGAAUCCAGGAGCUGCGAACGGAACUUCAGCGCCUGGGAAAUCAUACGCUGGUUACAUUAGGUAGUGAAAUGCUUGAAUUUAUCACUACUGGUAGCCAAUCCGCUGUAUUGAUGAGCCUGAACGUUCAAAGUCUCAAUGCACACUCGAAAGACCUUUCAACCGACCCAGUUCUGACAAAAGCAGACAACUUUGCACUCAGUUAAACGUGGACAGAUAAUGAUGAAGAGCUAGAGAUAGACGGCUACAAGUGUAUUUCAAAGCACAAACGAGAAAAUCAUCGUGCUGGAGGUGUCGCUAUCUUUCAAAAAGUUGCAACAUGUUCAUUGUCGUCGAUGCACACCAUACAGAAAGUGAGUGAGACUCAUGACCCUAUGCUGCUAGAAGCGGAAUGUUAUGGUGACGUGGUUGCUGCAGAAAUUACAUCGGACAGCUAUAAAGUUUUUAUAUUUUGCGUGUACAUUUCUCCAAAAACGUCAUUGAAACUAGUGAAAAUGUUUCUGACGCGCAACCUGUUUUACUAUGCGUCGAAGGAUAUUCCAAUGAUCGUCACAGGUGACUUCAACGUGAACAUAGCGAAAGAUGAAAAUUGCGAAAUAACCAGUUUUAUUAAUCAGUACAUGAAAUUCGAUCUCAUCAAUGAUCCAAGAAAGGCAACCACUUUAGGUGAAUCUUGCAUUGAUUUAAUUUUGCAAAGAAUAUUUCACAAUUGUCUACCAGAGCGUUCAUCUCGUAUUUCUCAUACCAUCGUCCGUUAUUCACUCUACUGCCGCGCCAGCAGUAACAUCAUACCGUUUCGUUCCGUAGCAUGUGAACGUAUAAGCUUCAACCCGUCGUCCGAUUUUUCCAAUCAUCAGAAUCGUCAUCCCACUCGAUUUGACAUUCACAGAGAGCAAGCAUUUGCUUUAGUUACGAAGUUCUCAAAAAUUCGAGCGAAUUAUAAGAUUUGAAUUCUUUGACAGAUUCUAUUUACUAUACUAUUAACUUCUUCUCACAUUCAAAGUGUGCCCUAACUACCGCUACAGAGUUAUCGUUCACGUCCACCCAAUCAUGACAUGUACCAGAAGCCUAGUCUAUACUUCUAAUUCUGGAAAUUAAAACCCUGGAUAGGUACUUCCGAAUUCCAGCAAAUCGUAAAAUUCAUGUUUUUAAGCUAAACCAAUUCAUUUAAUAGAUGAACAUGCACACUUCCCAGUGAUAUCUGUGAUUGUUGUUGAAAUCAGAGAGAGUUCACUCUUUCUAACAUAUUUAGUACGCGGAACCAAGUAUUCAACCCUGUGACCACACGUUAUUGGCGAUGACUUCAUAUUCCAGGCCCAGUUUCAUGUAAGGUUGACAACUUUAUAGUUAAUGUGAUACAUACUUUUUCUAAUUCACAGUGCGCAACCAUCAUCAUCGAUCAUAGCGAAUGCAUUCAAUUUACCUAUUGCUGUAUAUCAACAA